UUCCAAAACUUAUUUAACACUUUGUUUUUUUCCUUAACAUAACCCUCGGAAUUUUUGUGACGCAAAAGAUCCCUAGGAAUUCCUUCUUUCUUCAUUGUCAAACUUUUUCCAUCCUCUCGCCAAUGCAAUCCAAUCAUAUCACGGUAAGUAUCCCCUCCGUCAAACCCACUCCCACCGGCGAAUCCUCCUCCGUCAAACCCACUCUCCUCCUCCGUCAAACCCACUCCCACCGGCGAAUCCACCUCGUCCUCCGUCGCACAACCACUCACCAUGACGACAAUCCAAUCAGCUUAAAUCGCAAAAUCAGCUUAAAUCGCAAAAUCAGCUUAAUCGGAUUAGCGAUACGAGAAACAAACAAACAAAAAAUGGUAAAAUCACCUGAUCAAUAUGAUAGAUUUUCAAAGGACUUUUUAAUGGGAGGUGCAGCAGCAAUCAUAUCCAAGACUGCAGUGGCACCCAUUGAGAGAGUCAAACUUUUAUUACAAAACCAAACUGAAAUGAUUAAAAGAGGACACCUCAAAACACCAUACCUGGGUCUCUCUAAUACCUUUAAGAGGGUCUUUCGAGAAGAGGGUCUCAUUGCCUUUUGGAGAGGUCAUCAGGCCAAUGUUAUAAGAUAUUUCCCCACACAGGCUUUCAAUUUUGCAUUCAAAGGUUACUUCAAAACCAUCUUUGGAUAUUCCAAAGACAAACACGGCUACUUUAUGUGCUUUGCUGGAAAUGUCGCUUCAGGCAGUGCUGCUGGAGCUACUACUUCACUGCUUUUGUACCAUUUGGACUACGCACGUACUAGGUUGGCCACUGAUCUUACUGCUCACCGUCACUUUAAAGGAGGACUAAUUGACGUUUAUCGUAAAACCUUAUCCACAGAUGGAAUUGCCGGCUUGUACAGAGGAUUUGGGGUUUCAAUAUUGGGGAUCACCUUGUAUCGAGGGAUGUACUUUGGGAUCUAUGACACCAUGAAGCCUAUUGUUUUAGUUGGGCCUUUUGAGGGGAACUUCUUUGCUAGUUUCUUGUUAGGUUGGAGCAUUACAACCGUAUCCGGUGUCUGUGCAUACCCUUUUGACACAUUGCGCCGGCGUAUGAUGCUAACCUCCGGACACCAGAACAAGUAUUAUAGUGCAAUGCAUGCGUUCCGUGAGAUUGUUGGACAAGAGGGUUUCUUAGCUCUAUUUCGAGGAGUCACUGCAAAUAUGCUUCUUGGAAUGGCAGGAGCUGGGGUGCUUGCUGGAAUAAACUACUGCUGGAUUAUGUAAUUAGUCCACAGUACAUGUUGAACUAAAGUCUAAAACAAAUGAGCUUCUUUUUCCAUCCCAAAUAUAUUUCAAAAGUACACUUCCAGAAAAACACAGUUUUUUGCCCAAAACACAGUUUGUAUUCUUCCCGACAGGGUGUGAUUUUUAGAAACACGGGGAAGAUAAAAGUAGCUCUCAAAACAGAUACCAAAAACAAGCCAAGAAGGAAACUAAAUAUCCCAAUCCAGUACAACAAAUCUAGUACUAAAACAAGUAGAACCACCACCAGCUACAACCACAACAAACCACAAACUUGACCAUACAUUUAGAAAACCAAAGAACUUGAAUAGAUUAUUAUCCAAAAAAAACAUUCCUUGCAUUGUGCGUUCAAGUCUGUAGAAGAUCAUCUUCAAAUUUGAUCACCCUCUUCUUCUUCUUCUUCUUGGUAAUCAUCGCCAUCAUCGUCAACAGGGGCAUCUUGGUAUUGUUGAUAUUCCGCUACAAGGUCAUUCAUAUUGCUUUCUGCUUCAGUAAAUUCCAUCUCAUCCAUUCCUUCUCCAGUAUACCAAUGCAAGAAAGCUUUCCUUCUGAACAUGGCAGAGAACUGUUCACUCACUCUCCUAAACAUCUGUUGUAUAGAUGUGGAAUUACCAACAAAAGUCGAGGCCAUGGAAAGGCCUGUCGGCGGGACAUCACAGACGCUGGACUUAACAUUAUUGGGAAUCCACUCAACAAAGUAAGAAGAGUUCUUGUUCUGGACAUUCAGCACCUGUUCAUCGACUUCUUUUGUGCUCAUUUUCCCUCUGAAUACCGCUGAGGCUGUUAAAUAACGGCCAUGGCGUGGAUCUGCCGCACACAUCAUGUUCUUGGCAUCCCACAUUUGUUGUGUAAGUUCUGGCACAGUAAGUGCACGGUAAUUUUGCGAUCCUCGAGAUGUCAAAGGAGCAAAACCCACCAUGAAGAAGUGAAGUCGUGGAAACGGAAUCAAGUUCACUGCUAGCUUCCGUAGGUCUGAAUUCAGCUGACCCGGGAAUCUUAAGCAACAAGUUACUCCACUCAUUGUUGCUGAUAUCAAAUGAUUCAAAUCUCCAACUGGAAACAAAUUAAUUUGGUAAAUCAUAUUGAAGAAUAAAAAGAGUUCAUAUAUAAUAUAGCAUGAGGUUCUCAUUUAAUUAUACUUACAACUUGGUGUGGUGAGUUUCAGAGUUCUGAAGCAGAUGUCAUAGAGUGCUUCAUUAUCAAGGACCAUACACUCAUCGGCAUUCUCCACCAAUUGGUGAACAGAAAGUGUUGCAUUGUAAGGUUCAACAACAGUGUCUGACACCUUUGGUGAAGGAAAGACAGAGAAAGUGAGCAUCAUUCGAUCAGGAUAUUCCUCUCUGAUCUUUGAAAUGAGCAAGGUUCCCAUUCCAGAACCUGUUCCUCCUCCCAAGGAGUGGCACACUUGAAAUCCUAUAUUUACCAAUCACAAAAACCAACAUCUUUUGUUAAAAUUUGAAUAUUCUUUUAAAUUUUAAUGAAAUAGUAGAGUAUUGUGUUCAUCCAAAGAUGUUUGGUUACCUUGCAAGCAAUCACAAUUCUCAACUUCCUUCCUGACAACAUCAAGGACAAAGUCAAUGAGCUCAGCACCCUCAGUGUAAUGACCCUUGGCGAAAUUGUUUCCAGCACCGGAUUGGCCGUAUACAAAGUUGUCAGGACGAAAGAUCUGUCCAUAAGGACCGGUCCGGACGGCAUCCAUGGUGCCAGGCUCAAGGUCCAUUAGCACUGCUCGAGGCACGUAUCGACCGCUGGAUCCCUCGUUGUAAUAAACAUUCACUCUUUCGAGUUGUUGAAGUUUGGAGUUCCCUAUGUAUUGUCCUAUGGGGUCAAUCCCGUGCUCAUCGCACACCGCUUCCCAGAACUUCGUUCCUAUUUGGUUUCCACACUGUCCUCCUUGAAUAUGAAGAAUCUCACGCAUUUUCAGCACUAACUUAGCAGAGGCAAAAUGGAAACCAAACGCUUUUUCAACUGUCAACUACUCUCCCUCUGGCUUGGACAUGGAAGAAGCAAAGGUUGGUUUGAUUGCAUAUUUAUAGUGGAGGAUGAGGAUGAGAUCACACGGUGGAGGAUUGCUGCAAGAUGGAAUGAAGCAAAGGCUGAGUUGAAUGAAUGAAUGACUGCCACCUGUAAGUAUCUGCUUGCAACACCGCCGGCCUUUCUACACUGCUAAAAAACACCAAUUCUCAUAACUUUAUUUUAUAAUAUAGUAUGUGCAAACAUCACUGACUUCAAAAUCACUUGAUAAUAAGUUAUUAUUAAGUUUAUUUUUCGA